AUUGACAGUAUAACCGACCAAUGGUGAGCGGUUAAACUAUCGCGGUGGUUGGAGGAUUAGCGAUGAGUCUACUUUGGACAAAAGAGAUAUAUAUGCAACCUUCGCGUUGUUCUAGGUGGCAACUUUGUCACUACUUUCAGCCAAGGAAUGAUCUAUGUAACAACAUUUGCUGGAUACUUCUGUUCCGUUUUGUAGCUCCGUUAUAAAGGUACCGUCAUCUUUCGGCACUGUUGGAGCACCGGCUGCUAGCCAUCGCAAGCAAUCCUAGGUAGUGAGAGGAGAACUGUAAGAGAGGGAGAGAAGAGAUCGGAUAGAGAAGAGUGACCAGUGGCGUGGGCAGAGAUGGGAGAACCAGAGUCCCUUAAGUUUGUCUCUCUGGAGGAGGAGGUGGACUACUGGAAGGAACAGACUGCCAAGCACCAACAGAGGGCUGAGGAGGCGCAGGAGGAGCUACAGGAGUUCCAGCAGAUGAGUCGUGACUACGAGGUGGAACUGGAGACUGAACUCAAGCAGUGUGAAACACAGAACCGAGAACUCGUCACACAGAACAACAGGCUACACAUGGAACUGGAGAACUACAAGGAGAAGUAUGAAAGCCAGCACUCGGAGACGUACCGUCAGAUCUCUACUCUGGAAGAAGACCUGGCUGAGACCACGGCCAUCAGAGACCAGCUCCAUAAAUACAUCAGAGAGCUGGAGCAGGCUAACGAUGACCUGGAGAGAUCCAAGAGGGCGACCAUCAUGUCUCUGGAGGACUUUGAACAGAGGAUGAACCACGUGAUAGAGAGGAAUGCCUUCCUGGAGAGCGAGCUGGAUGAGAAGGAGAACCUACUGGAGUCUGUUCAGAGACUGAAGGAUGAAGCCAGAGAUCUAAGACAGGAGUUGGCUGUCCAACAGAAGCAGGAAAGACGACCGUCCUUCGCUGUCACCAAAGACUCUUCCUCAGACAAGACUGAGGACAAAACAUCCCUCCAUACCUCCCAUUCAUCCACACGACCGCCCUCAUCCCUCCAUACCGCCCCUCUUCCUGCUCUCCCUCCAUCCCUCCUCUCCACGCCCUCCAGACCCCCCCACCCCUCAGCAAGCCCCUUCACCACCCCCCCACCCUCUUACAGCAGAGGCGAUGGCCUAUCAGGUGCUUCUCUCACCACGUCGACACGUAUCUCAGCUCUCAACAUCGUAGGAGAACUGCUGAGGAAAGUCGGGAACCUGGAGUCUAAACUAGCGUCCUGUAGGGAGUUUGUCUAUGAACAGUCUCCUGGUCGCAGUACCCUCUCUGGGGGACAGGGUGCGCCACCCAUCCAGAGAGGCACUUCUUCUGACACACCGUCCACCACCAACGGACUCUACGAGAAAGGAAUGGUGAAGAUGUUAGACUUCGGACCAGGACCCAAAAUUAUUCUGUGAACCUCCGCCCCCGCCCUAGCUCCACACCUCAUCAACCCCUCCCUCCAUAUCUAUCAGGGUCGUGUUCACUAGACACCGAAUGGUGCUAAACUGGCUGAAACGGGGAAGGACUAACUGAACGUGUCCGAUAAACUGUUCUUUUUUUGUUGUUGUGCAAAACCUGUUCUGUUGCAAAACGUUUUGCUGCAGUUAGCUACAGCAUGCACUAAUGAAUGUGUCCCUGCCCAGCACAGUCUCCCUAGGUCACCAGGCUUGUAUCCCAGCUUUCAGCUUUCAAUGGGGUUUCAAUGUGCUAGUGUACAGCUCUCACUCUGGAAUGGAAUGGACCAGAUCACUGGACAUCACGGAAGUGAGUCUAGAGUUCUAGAAUGUCAAUGGAACGUCAAUGGAACGUCAGUGUUGAUAUCGACUGUUCUAGAGCGCCGUUGAGGAGCUUUGAUGACGUCACGGAUCAACGGUACUCCUUCCUCUGCGCUUUACCCAGGAUGCUUUGCCCUAGAGGGUCUCUUAUUGAGGACUGAGUGAGGCUUCUAGGUGCGGGGCUUAUGGCUCUGGCACUUCCUGUUGGGACCAACCUGUAGCAGACCCAUAUGUGGUCAAAAGUAGUGCACUAUCUUGGGAACAGGGUGCGACCAGUGUCUAUAGGUCUCUGGUCAAAAGUAGUGUACUAUGUAGGGAACUGUGCCAUUUGAGACGUAAUCACAGUGUCUCGCUACAGUGUUCUGUUUUAGUUCCUUUUGUUGUUUUAUGGAGGAAGAAGUCUUACUGGAACUAAUGCUUAUCCACACAAUGAUUCAUAUUUAAAAAAUUAUAUAUAUUUUACUUCACUUGAAUACACCCCUUUUGUUUUGUCUACCAAUGUUUGAAUGAUAAUGCUGUGACUGAACAGUGACACCUACUGGUUAAGGACAGGAAGUGGAAGUGGAGUGUUAAGAGGGUCAAGAGUAGGGUUGCUAAAUUCAGGUAACUUUCCCCCAAAAUACCCUGGUUUUCCAGAAAUCCUGGUUGUAAAGAUUCCCAGAAUCAGGGUGUAGUAAGCAGGGAAUCUGGAAUCCUUCAGACAGGAUUUCUGGGGAAAAAAACAGGACAUCUUGGGACUAGUCAGGAGGCAGAAGGAAAGUUGGCGUAAAAGGUUUGGUAUGGAAUAGAUAUACUUUGCACUUUUUUACUGCAGGUUCAGGAUCAGAUGUUGUCCCUCUAAUGGUUAAGGGUGGGGAUUGGGGUUACGGUAAUCUGAUCCUAGAUCUGUGGGUGAUUGGUUAGGUUGAGGAAUGUGUUCGGUAUAGAGAGGACUUCUGUGACAGCAUGGGCAGCGCCAUUGAGGGAUUUCUCAAUUUUAAAGUAGUCAAUUUGUUCUUCAACGGUAAAGCGAAGGUUGGUGAUUCACUGCCCCCUGGAGGGUGUUGUCUGAACGGGUAUAAAGACAAGGUUGGUGAUUUACUGCCCCCUGGAGGGUGUUGUCUGAACAGGUAUAAAGACAAGGUUGGUGAUUACUGCCCCCUGGAGGGUGUUGUCUGAACGGGUAUAAAGACAAGGUUGGUGAUUUACUGCCCCCUGGAGGGUGUUGUCUGAACAGGUAUAAAGACAAGGUUGGUGAUUACUGCCCCCUGGAGGGUGUUGUCUGAACAAGUAUAAAGACAAGGUUGGUGAUUUACUGGCACCUGCAGUUAUGUAAUGUUAGUAUAGUAUAAUUCAUUGGCUGAUCAGUCCUGCUGACCUGGAUAGAAUUCUGUAAUCCUUUCCUGACCGAUAGCAAGUACCAGCCACUUCUUGACUACUUCAAAAUGGUGGAAGUCCUCAAUGGCUCGCUCUGCCCAUGCUUAAACCGGCUUCGUGGCACAAGAGCCGUCUAUCCUAGUCUAUGGUGUUGAGGGUGCUACCGAUGGUGGCACGUCAGCCUGGUAAAACCUGACUGAACGCUAGCCUGCGCUCACCUUUUAGAGCUUCAACAUGGCUAGGCUGAUAGAGCACCUUCAACAUGGCUAGGCUGAUAGAGAUCUUCAACAUGGCUAGGCUGAUAGAGCACCUUCAACAUGGCUAGGCUGAUAGAGCACCUUCAACAUGGCUAGGCUGAUAGAGCACCUUCAACAUGGCUAGGCCGAUAGAGAUCUUCAACAUGGCUAGGCUGAUAGAGAUCUUCAACAUGGCUAGGCUGAUAGAGAUCUUCAACAUGGAUAGGCUGAUAGAGAUCUUCAACAUGGAUAGGCUGAUAGAGCACCUUCAACAUGGAUAGGCUGAUAGAGCACCUUCAACAUGGCUAGGCUGAUAGAGCAUCUUCAACAUGGCUAGGCUGAUAGAGCAUCUUCAACAUGGCUAGGCUGAUAGAGAUCUUCAACAUGGCUAGGCUGAUAGAGAUCUUCAACAUGGCUAGGCUGAUAGAGAUCUUCAACAUGGCUAGGCUGAUAGAUCUUCAACAUGGCUAGGCUGAUAGAUCUUCAACAUGGCUAGGCUGAUAGAGAUCUUCAACAUGGAUAGGCUGAUAGAGCACCUUCAACAUGGCUAGGCUGAUAGAGCAUCUUCAACAUGGCUAGGCUGAUAGAGCUCUUCAACAUGGCUAGGCUGAUAGAGAUUUUCAACAUGGCUAGGCUGAUAGAGUACCUUCAACAUGGCUAGGCUGAUAUAACAGAAUUAGAUUACCAAAGUUAAUGAUGCCUUCUUGAACUAUAAUGUGUUUAAACUAUAGCAAUACAGUAGGAUGUUCUUACUAGUAGAAGUUUUGAAUGAAUGAACAAUCCAUGAGUAAUCCACGUGGAGAUUGAAGCUGUGUUUUAUAGUUGUAAGUGGAAAUGUUGAUAUUUGGUUAUGAACUCAGACAGCCACGUAGGUUGCUCAGAGGGUAGUGGAUAUGACAGACAGCUGAGUAUGUUGCUCAGAGGGUAGUGGAUAUGACAGACAGCUGAGUAUGUUGCUCAGAGGGUAGUGGAUAUGACAGACAGUUGAGUAUGUUGCUCAGAGGGAAGUGGUUAUGAACUCAGACAGCUGAGUAUGUUGCUCAGAGGGUAGUGGAUAUGACAGACAGCCACGUAGGUUGACAGAGGGUAGUCCAGAUUUAUGUUUGUUAUGUGACGACCUUACAUGAGAAUGACUGACUAGGGCUGCAAAAUUCAGCCAACUUUCUAGAAUUUCCCACAUAUUCUAUAAAUCAGUGUUAGAAGAUUCACGGAAUCAAGCAGGAAUAAGCAAGAAAUCCAACAUUCCAACCAGGAAUUCUGGAAAUCCAACAUUCCAACCAGGAAUUCUGGAAAUCCAACAUUCCAACCAGGAAUUCUGGAAAUCCAACAUUCCAACCAGGAAUUCUGGAAAUCCAAUUAUUUAAAAAACAUUUUUAAGUUACCGGAGUUUUUCAAACCUGUGAAUGUGGUUUAGAAUCUCAGAGGUUUUAACCCCUACAAGAUGAGUGUUUAACAUAUUGUAUAUGAUUGCACAAGUGUACCAGAGGUUAUUUGGCUCGGAUAGAUCAGUGGUUCACCACCAAGUAAUGUACUCCAUGCUCUGCCCUCUACCCCCUCAUGAGUCUUUGACCAGUAAGCCUGUGGUCUCAGGAGUCUUUGACCAGUAAGCCUGUGGUCUCAGGAGUCUUUGACCAGUAAGCCUGUGGUCUCAUGAGUCUUCUCAAGUAGCCCCUGUGGAUUGGCCAAUUACUACCCCCAAGGGUUCUAGUACCACUGGUUGUGAACCACUGGGGUUACUAUGCUUGAAUGGUGAAUAACUUUGCCUGAGAUCUGAAGACUUGCGUUAGCACCCUAGUAGGGUAAUGCCUUGGCUUUAACUCAGCGGACUAACACAGUCUCUGAAGGCGCUCAAUGGCCUGGGUAUGUGGGUUUGAAUACCUGGUUGAUCAUUCUCACCCCUAUGUUUUGGGUAUUGGUUGGUUCGUUCUGUGAUGACAGGCUUGGGGCUUAAAUAUCAACACAUUCCCUAUAUAGGGCCAUACUUUUCCCCCCCAGUUAAAAGUAAGGGCAUACUACUUAGUCAUAGGAGCCAGUCAAAAGUAGGAUACUAUAUAGGGAAUAGGGUGCCAUUUAUGGACGCACUCAAAUACUGUCACACCUAUAUUGAUGAUAUUGUCGCUUAUAUCCUGUUGGGUGAAGCUUUGUGCCUUACUCUGAGACCACAGUGUGGUCUGACCUUAUUAAAGAUGUCUCUGUGUAGCUGGGACCUCAGUGUGGUCUGACCUUAUUAAAGAUGUCUCUGUGUAGCUGGGACCUUAGUGUGGUCUGACCUUAUUAAAGAUGUUUCUGUGUAGCUGCGACCUCAGUGUGGUCUGACCUUAUUAAAGAUGUCUCUUUCUACUGCUCAGGUACCGGUAAUAGACCUCAGCCCAUUCAGUUCUAGCCAAUGAUAUAGCGUCAACGCCAAACAAACUAACAUUUAGCCCCAACUACCCUCCCCCCUAGGUCCUAGGCAAAUGUAGUAGAUCUGAAAGUGUUGGAUAGACGCGAGUAGCAACGCAACAUGGUAAAUAACACCUUGUCCUCUGAUGAGGCUAGGUGUCACCAUGUUUAUACCUAUCCAAUCGUUACAGAUUUACCAAGUGCCCAGAGCUAGGUGCUAAGUGGAAGAGAUGAAUAAUAUCAGUUGGCUGCUCAGUACUUUUGCCAUCCAGGAGUAUAAAAAGUUACCAAUUCUGUUUCAAGAGACAAUUGGAACGUCCGUUUAUUUUCCAGGAUUGACUGAAUUGAAAUGGAACCGAGCCCAACCCUGAAAGAAUGACUGAAUUGAAAUGGAACCGAGCCCAACCAUGAAAGAUUGACUGAAUUGAAAUGGAACCAAGCCCAACCCUGAAAGAAUGACUGAAUUGAAAUGGAACCGAGCCCAACCAUGAAAGAAUGACUGAAUUGAAAUGGAACUGAGCCCAACCCUGAAAGUAACCUUGUUCUGUGAUGAGGGAUGACAUAUGAUUACUUCAAGGAAAUGUGUUUUAUGUUACAAAAUGCAUGUAAGGGUUGAUUCACUUGCGUUGGGGUCUUACUUUUCCCCUAUAUGGUACUAGUAAUAAAAUAGGAUGUAAGAAAAUAGAAUGUGUGUUUAUAAUGGGAGUGGACACCUAUGUGUGCCUGUUACUGCUUGGUGCUCAGUAGAAUGUAUGAAGCAAUAUCAUUUGAAACAUUUCUAGCUUUAAAAAAAAAAGAACUCAGUGUGGAAGGGGGUGUGUCUUGGUUCUGUGAAUCAGGAAGUCACAGAGAUGGGACACCCAAUGAGAUGUCAUGUUGUUGCUUUUGUGUAGCCACUCGCAAGCUUCUGUACUAAAAUAUACACGUUUUAGUUUUUCCCAUGAAAUAUGUGUUUCAUCCUGGGAUGCCUCUUCCUGUAUCUAAUAAGUCAUGUUGGGUUAAAUGUGUCUGACCCAACUGUCCUCAAUAAAACUGACUUGGUGAAA